AUGGAGAUACUCCAGUGCAUUUCACGCCAAUCGUUCAGCGGACCUCGUCAAGAGGCUGGCCCAGAUCAUCAUAUCAGAAUUGUCAGCGCAUCUGCGUCCAGUGGUGGCCAGACGACAGAAACAACUAUCGAACUCCGCACGCUUUUUGAGAAGAUCGAGACGGCGCAGCUGUUCGAUACCGGCACAAGCAGAGCUUCGCUGAACCUGGUCUAUUUCCCUCGUGAUAUAUGGAAAUUGAUUUCGGAAGAUCGGCCAAGAACCACGGAGUUGACGAAAUAUUUACGCCUGGACGACUCUGUGCUCGGUUAUCUAAUAUCCUCAAGAUCAGGAUGGUACUGUGUGGACAACACGAACGGCUUAUACACGUUCAUGGUCAAGGAAUAUCUAUACAUGUUGGUAUGGUCCUUCGAUACGAAAACUUUCGAAACCAGGGGCAUGGUCUGUGAGCGAAGUGAGUUCGAAAGCAGCUCUAAGUUAAAAGAUGCAGACGGCAACUUCGCUCUGCCUAUGCUAAAGGAGAUGCACCUGUACCACCCUCUGUCACUAGCAUGCAUCAGUAUAGCGGACUUGAUUUCUCACCUUGACAUACUUCUGGUCAAGGAGAGUCACAAAAUUGGUGACAUUGAGGACGCUACUGGUCAUGGUUUCUGGAUCAAGAAAGAAAACGCAUAUCUUAGUCAGAAGGCAAGACUCGGCAAUGCCUACGGCCAGCCAGAUGCACGCACCCAUGCUCAACUAUUGACAAGAAGAGAGAGGGUUACCACACGGGGAGAGCUCAAUGUUCAAGCCAACGAAUCUCUUUCCAGCGAGAAACUUGCGAAACUCACAGAUGCAUGCCAAAGUAUAGCGAGGAGCAUCGGGGUAUUCGCCAACGUCACUAAAACCAUUGACAUGAUCGAGGCAAUGGCAGAUAGUCUAAAGUCUCGAAAUUAUUGGGAUCAAUGGUUUGAUGAAGAAGCUCCUGAGAUAUGCCGGGAUAAUUACGACGCGUGCACCAAGUCCUUCGGUCGAGCUGUGGGACUGCUGGAACAGCGCAUUCGGACGAUUAGGCACUCUGGCAAGAGCUUCGAUGAGCGAGCACGCGCACAAUUCUCGGUGAUCUCCACUCUUAUAAGCCGCACGAACAAAGAUCUAGCAGAUAUAGCUCGUGCUUCGAAAGACCUGGCCGAGGAUGCCAAGAAGGACACCUCUGACAUGAAGGUCAUUGCUCUGAUGACUAUGGGCUUUCUUCCCGCGACCUUCUUCGCUGCUCUCUUUGCGAUACCCUCGCUGGACUGGGAUCGACCCGGGGUUGUCACUGAGAACUUUUGGAUAUAUUGGGCAUGCACGGUGCCAACGACGUUUCUGAUUUUCAUCAUAUGGGACUUUGGCAAUGGCCAACAGAUGCACCGCCAAUUGUUUAAUAAAAUCGCUGGGCUUUUCACUAGGAAAACGGGUGGUACAACUGGUCAAGCAUCGUCGGAGACACCCACUGCGACGGCACCACAAGUCAUACUUUCCCUGCCUAAAUGA